GCAUCUGAAACAUUACUGAGAGCAGACAUAUUCUUUGUUAGGGAUGAUGUCGUACCUGAAAGUAAUGGUCGUAUGGAACAUACUUUGCGUUUCCCUGCUGAUCCUUUCACUGCCCGUGAUUCAAGAAGUGUCUUCUCAAGAUUUAUCAAGCUGUACAGGGAGAUGUGGGCAAGGGUAUUCUAGACAGCAUGACUGCCAAUGUGAUUAUAACUGUCAUCACUACAUGGAGUGCUGCCCCGAUUUCAAGAAAGUCUGCACAGUGGCACUCUCCUGCAGAGGACGUUGCUUUGAAGCCUUUGAAAGAGGAAGAGAAUGUGACUGUGAUGCAGACUGCAGCAGAUACGGCAAAUGUUGCCCAGACUAUGUGGAACACUGUCAAGAGGCACACACUGAAAAGUCACCACUAGAAGACAAAUCAACAUCUAAAAGAUCAUCCAAAAAUGAGGAAAAGCCAGAGGAAGUAACACAGCCCCAUGAAGUUAUGGAAGAUACCCCACCGACAACAGCAGCAUCAACAGCCAAGUCUGAAUCUCCCAUCACCCCCAAACCUGAAGACACAACCCCUGCAGCCACAGAGCCAUCAAUAAAUGAAGCAGACUCUCCCACCACCCCUAAACCUGAAGACACAACCCCAGAGGUCACAGAAGCACCAACCAAGGCAGACCCUCCCACCACUCCCAAAGCAGAAGACCCAACACCUGAAGCCACAGAGCCACCAACAACCGAGGCAGACCCUCCCACAACCCCUAAGGUAGAAGAUACAACCUCUGAGGCCACAGAGGAACCAAUAACUGAAGCAGACUCUCCCACCACCCCUAAGGUAGACAAUACAACCCCUGAGGCCACAGAAGAGCCAGUAAGUGAAGCAGAAUCUCUCACCACCCCUGAACCUGAAGACACAACCCCAGAGGCACCAACGACCAAGGCCGACUCUCCCACCACCCCUAAACCUGAAGACACAACCCCUGAACUCACAGAGCCACCACCAACCGAGGCAGACCCUCCCACAACCCCUAAGGUAGAAGAUACAACCCCUGAGGCCACAGAAGAGCCAGUAACUGAAGCAGACUCUCCCACCACCCCUGAACCUGAAGACACAACCCCUGAAGCCACAGAGCCACCACCAACUGAGGCAGACCCUCCCACAACCCCUAAACCUGAAGACACAAGCCCUGAACUCACAGAGCCACCACCAACUGAGGCAGACCCUCCCACUACCCCUAAGGUAGAAGAUACAACCCCUGAGGCCACAGAAGAGCCAGUAACUGAAGCAGACUCUCUCACCACCCCUGAACCUGAAGACACAACCCCUGAGGCCACAGAGGAACCAGUAAGUGAAGCAGACUCCCCCACCACCCCUGAACCUGAAGACACAACCCCUGAGGCCACAGAGGAACCAGUAAGUGAAGCAGACUCCCCCACCACCCCUGAACCUGAAGACACAACCCCUGAGGCCACAGAGGAACCAGUAAGUGAAGCAGACUCCCCCACCAAUACUGAACCUGAGGACACAACCCCUGAGGCCGCAGAGGAACCAGUAACUGAAGCAGACUCUCCCACCACCCCUGAACCUGAGGACACAACCCCUGAGGCCGCAGAGGAACCAGUAACUGAAGCAGACUCUCCCACCACCCCUGAACCUGAGGACACAACCCCUGAGGCCACAGAGCCACCACCAAUGGAGGCAGACCCUCCCACAACUCCCAAGGUAGAAGAUACAAUCCCUGAGGCCACAGAGGAACCAGUAACUGAAGCAGACUCCCCCACCACCCCUAAACCUGAAGAUACAAUCCCUGAGGCCACAGAGGAGCCACCAACUGAGGCAGACCCUCCAACAACCCCUGAGGUAGAAGAUACAAUCCCUGAGGCCACAGAAGAACCAGUAAGUGAAGCAGACUCUCCCACCACCCCUGAACCUGAAGACACAACACCUGAAGCCACAGAGCCAUCAACGACCAAGGCAGACCCUCCAACAACCCCUAAGGUAGAAGAUACAACCCCUGAAGCCACAGAGGAACCAAUAACUGAAGCAGACUCCCCCACCACCCCUAAACCUGAAGACACAACCCCUGAAGCCACUGAGGCAUCUACAACUAAGGCUGGCUCUCCCACCACUCCUAAACGUGAAGACACUACCGCAGAGGCACCAACAACCAAGGCACAAUCUCCCACCACCCCCAAACCUGAAGACACAACCCCAGAGGCACCAACAACCAAGGCAGAAUCUCCUACCACCCCCAAAGCAGAAGACACAACCCCAGAGACCACUGAGGCACCUACAACCAAGGCUGACUCUACCUCCCAGCCUGAAGAGACAACCCCAGAGGCCACCGAGGCACCUACAACCCAGGCUGACUCUUCCACCACCCCAGAGGCACCAACAACCAAGGCUGACUCUCCCACCACCCCUAAGGUAAAAGACAUAACCCCAGAGGCAUCAAUGAUCCAGGCAGACUCUCCUUCUACCCCUAAAGUAGAAGAGGUGGAAUCUUCCACAGCCCCUAAGGUCAAGGGAACUACCCCUGCAGGCACUGAGGCUGACACCACUGGUCCUGGAUUAGUAACAACUGCUAAAGACAAGAGCACUCAAAGUACUGUGACUGUCACAACAACUACAAAGGAAAAACCCAUACCUGGAUCGGAUACAACAAUUUUAGAAACAACUGAGAAGAAAAUUACAACUUUUGCACCCAAAGUAGCUACCAGCACAACUGUGAAAGACACGACUACAGGCGUUCAAAAGACGGUGGUGACUGAAACUAGAACUACUGAGAUUAUAACAGUAACUGACAAAAAAGACAAAACAACAGCUAAAACUGUUACUACUCCUAUAACUGAAGGGACAACAACUAAAACAGAAACAACCACGGUGAGCAAAGAGGUAACAACACCCAAGAAAGACAAAACUACUGUGCUUAAAGACAUUUUAACAAGAACGAGUAGGAAAGACACAACUACUGUAACUUCAGAGGUAACAGCUAAACAAGAUGACCCUCCUAAAGGUAAGGAUGAUAUUCCAAACACAACUCCUACAGCUGAGAAAACUGUCACUACGGCAGCUGCAACAGAAACAACUACCAUAAACAAAAAGGCUACAACUACAGCUACAGAAAAAGAAGUAACCUCAGCUAAACAGGACAAGACUCACGUACCAAAAGAGACUUUUACAACUAAGAAAGAAGAAAGCACCAUGGGAACAGAGAGGGUAACAGCAGCUGCAGCAGUUACAACUCCCCUGCCCAAGCCCACUGUGUUGACAACAACAGCCAAAACAGAUUCAACUCCUAAACCCAAGGAAAUUGUACCAACAAAUAAAAAAGACACUACUACAGAAACUAAGCAGACAGUAGAAGCAGCUAAAGAGAGUAUAAGUAAUACUUGUGUUAUUGUAGAGACAACAGCUGGUAAAAAAGAGGUAACAACCACCAAAGAAACUAAGGUCACACCUGAAGAAGAAAUGCCUGAUGCUGAUGAAAAGGCCCCUAGUAUUGACAAAGGAGAGGAAACUACAGUUACCAAAGAAACCACUACAAGAGAUAAAAAAGAUACAAUAGAAGAAAUGUUUAUUGUUUCUAAAGGGACAUCAAAGCCAACUAUACAUUUCCAGGAGAUUACUGACACUAGAGAAGAGCCUCCUCCAGCUGACCCUGAAACUCUGCCAGUAGAGGAGCCUGAGAUAAACAAGCCUUUAAUACAAACUGACGACUUGCCAAUUUUACCUGGAGAAACACAAGCAAAGAAGGAUGAGAAGGACCUGUGCAACGGGAAGCCCGCGGAUGGCAUGGUGGUGCUACCGAACGGCACCCUGGCAGUCUUCCGAGGUCACUACUACUGGCUGCUGAACGGCAGGAGCCCACCAACGACCAAUCCCCGCCGGAUCAGCGAUGGCUGGGGCAUACCGUCCCCCAUCGACUCUGUCUUCUCCCGGUGCAACUGCGAUGGCAAGACUUUCUUCAUCAAGGGUCCCCUGUACUGGCGUUUCACUAACGGCGUUAUGGAUAAAGGCUAUCCCAAACCACUUGCAAAUGGAUUUGCAGGGCUAAGUGGAAAAAUAGUAGCAACCCUCCCUGUGGCAAGAUACAAUAAUAGACCAGAAUCUGUUUAUUUUAUCAAAAAAGAUGGCAACAUGCAACAGUAUGUGUACAGACAAGAACCAGCUAAGAAGUGUCAAAGAAGAACCCAGAUUACUGUAAGAUACCCAGCUUAUGUCCCAAGACUUGUAAUAAGGAGACGCUUCCAACGUGCAGUAAGAAUGCCAACCGUUAUUCAGACUGUCAGAAUCAACCCACGUUCAUCUGGAGUUUUGCGCAAGGAAAUCAAAAUGAACGCCUACUGGAAAGGUCUCCCAAAAGUUAUUCAUUCAACAAUAUCACUACCCAACUACAAUAAGCCAGAUGGCUAUGAUUAUUAUGCCUUCUCUUACAAUCGGUACUACAGUUUGGAUGUUGGCAGAAGAAUAGCAAAACCUGUUACUGCUCUCACAGGAAAGACUGUAUCCAAAGACUGGUACAACUGUCCUAGCAAGUGAUGCACAGCAGAGGAUUUAACAAAAAAGAUGCCAUUUGAAUGUUGACAUUUUGUCUAAUUUUAUUAAUAAAGACAUUGAAAUGUGUGCACACAAAUCUAAGUAUAAAA